AUGGGUCGCAAAAAGAAGAAGCAGUCCAAGCCUUGGUGCUGGUAUUGUAAUCGAGAAUUUGAUGAUGAAAAAAUUUUAAUUCAGCAUCAAAAAGCAAAACAUUUUAAGUGUCAUAUAUGCCAUAAAAAACUAUACACUGGUCCUGGUUUAUCAAUUCAUUGUAUGCAGGUGCACAAAGAAACAAUCGACAAAGUGCCCAAUGCACUUUCACAUCGUUCAAAUAUUGAAAUAGAAAUUUAUGGAAUGGAAGGAAUUCCAGAGGAAGAUAUGAAAGAACACGAGCGACAAAAAUCCGGUGGCAAAGGUACUCGAUCAGAUAGUGAUGAUGACACUGGUCCACCUAUAAAGAAAAAGCCUGAGUAUUCAAAUCCAGCUGGUCCUUCCAUGAUGCCACCUUAUAAUCCUAUGAUGAAUCAUAUGCAAGCUAUGGGCUCUCCUUAUAUGGGACCUGGAAUGCCAAUGAUGGGGCCUUCUGUUUCUGUAGGUCCUAUGCCACCUGGUCAGCCAGUAGGAAUGGCAAAUAAGCCAUUAUUUCCUAGUGCUGCAGCAAUUGCUAGCAACUCUGAUGUUCGUUCAAAUAGCUCAAUGCUUGCUGGUGGUCCUGUUGGUGGCCUAAAUAAGUCUGCAUUUCCUGCAUACUCUGGGAAUGAUAAUGAUUCAAAAUCUAAAGCACUUAUUAGUUCUACUGGAACAUCGAGUAAAAUAAUUCAUCCAUCAGAAGAUAUUUCUUUAGAAGAACAUAAAGCUCGUUUUCCUAAAUAUGCUAUUCAUAUGGAAAAUCCAUUAUCUACAAACGUUACUGAGCAACAUCAGCUUGGUGCACCACUAAUGUCACCUCACGGCCAAGUGUCUCCUCAAACUCAACAAUUUCAACAACAACAACAACAACAACAACAACAUCAGCAGCAGCAGCAACAACAGCAAUUGCAACAGCAGCAGCAACAGCAACAGCACCUUCAUCAGCAGCAGCAGCAGCAGCAACAGCAACAACAGCAGCAGCAGCAGCAACAGCACCACCACCAUCACCAACAUCAACAACACCAACAAGCAAUUCAAAAUGAGAUGGAACGACAAGUAGCUGCUAUGGCAGCAGUUAUGCAACAACAACAGCAGCAGCAGCAGCAACAACAGCGAUUUGCUGCACCAGUUAUUUCAAUGCCUAAUAUGAUGCCCCAGCCUCCUACUGUUUUUAUGGCUCAGCAAAUGCCAACUCUUUUACGACCAUCUUUAGGUGGUUUACCGCCUCAUGCUAUGAGCAUGCUAAGACCUCAAAUGCCUAUUCAUCCAGGUUUAAUGGUUAAUCCACCAAUGGUCAAUCCUUAUGCUCCCGGUGGACCAAUGGGCUUCCCAGGCGCUCAAAUGUUAGCACCUAUGAUGCACCCUCGCUUCAGAUGAUCAGAAAAAUGAAAAAUUUUGAAUAAUAACUGAAACGCAGUUUCAGUGAAAAAUCAGUAAGUCCUUUUAUAUUUUAAAUGUCCUUUACCCCUCGUUUUUCAUUCUUUGGAUUUUUUUUUCUUGAUUUAUUUGUAUAUUCCCAAAAAUAGUUUGUAACUAAAUGUCACACGUACAUUUUUUUGUAGAACGUGUGUGGUAGUAUUUAUUAGUGUGACGUGGAUUUCGUACAAACUUUUUACGCUCAGCAUAAAAUGCACAGCAAAUUUGUUUAUAUACAAAAAAAAAAAAAAAAA